ACGAUGACUUCCCUUCUUACAAUGGCUCUCCUCAGUCCACUCAAUAGCUCCAUCAACUCUACAUGCAGGAAGGAGAACACAACUGGACCAGGACUGCCCCACCCCCUCACCUACUAUGCCCUCUCCUAUUGUGCCCUCAUUCUGGCCAUCGUCUUUGGCAACGUCCUGGUCUGUCUGGCUGUGCUGAAAGAGCGCUCCUUGCAGACCGCCACCAACUACCUAGUGGUGAGCCUGGCUGUGGCGGACCUGCUUGUGGCUACCUUGGUGAUGCCCUGGGUGGUGUACCUGGAGGUGACUGGAGGAGUAUGGAAUUUCAGCCGAAUUUGCUGUGUUGUUUUUGUCACCUUGGAUGUAAUGAUGUGCACUGCCAGCAUUCUAAACCUCUGUGCCAUAAGCAUCGACAGAUACAUAGCAGUGGUCAUGCCAGUCCGUUAUCAGUACAGCUCUGGCCAGAGCUCCUGCCGCCGGGUUUCUUUCAUGAUCACCGUGGUCUGGGUGCUCGCAUUCGCUGUCUCUUGUCCUCUUCUCUUUGGCCUCAACACAACAGGGGAUCCAAGUGUCUGUUCCAUAUCCAACCCAGACUUUAUCAUCUACUCUUCAGUGAUUUCUUUUUACCUGCCCUUUGUGGUGACUCUCAUUGUCUAUGCUCGGAUCUAUGUGGUGCUAAGACGAAGGAGAAGAAAAAGGAUUCUCACACGGCAGAACAGUCAAUGCAUCAGCAUCAAACCUGGCUACCCUCCACAAUCUAUCUUUCUGCGGCGGCAUGCAAUUCGGCAUUUCUCAAUAAGGUCCAGAUUUUCUUCAUCAGAAACCGGAGGGAAAACAGAACCUACUGAAGAAAAAGAAUACCCCCCUGGCUGUCAAGAUUCACUGUUGUCCCAUCUUCAGUCCACCUCUCCAGGAAGAGUCCAUUCAUCUGAGAAACUACUGGCAGCAUUGGAAUUGAAACGCUACUAUAGCUUCUGCCAGGAUGCCCCUUUGCCAAAGCCAGGACACCAAGAAGAGGAAGGAGAAGUGAAAGGAGCUGGGAGGACUCUGGGAGGGCUCAGCCCCACCAUGGCUCCCAAACUGGGCUUAGAAGUUCGUAAACUCAGCAAUGGCAGAAUGAUGACUUCUCUAAGACUGAGUUCCCAGCAGCCCCGUAGUGUUCCACUUCGAGAAAAAAAAGCAACCCAGAUGCUGGCUAUUGUUCUGGGGGCUUUCAUUGUCUGCUGGCUGCCUUUCUUCUUGACCCAUAUUCUCAAUACUCAUUGCCAGACCUGCCAUGUGCCCCCAGAGCUCUACAGCGCUACUACAUGGCUGGGUUAUGUGAACAGCGCCCUCAACCCUGUGAUCUACACCACCUUCAAUGUAGAGUUCCGCAGAGCUUUCCUCAAAAUCCUGUCCUGCUAAAAGGAGAGAAGGGUCUCUACCUUCAUUGACUUCUUUUGGUCCUUCCAGGGACAAUGAGGAGCGUAACUCCAUAGGGGGCAGUCAGAAGCCUUUAGCUACACUCCAGGAUUUCAUUUGCCAGGCUGCUUGACAUCCUUGUAUUAUACUUUGUUUUCUCAACUUCAGUAGUUCAAGUCUUAAGUCUAUCCUUCACAGAAAUGCCCAAGUAACCUUCUUAAUGUGGCACACUGAUUACAGGAUUUCUAUACUCAAAUCUUCAGGCCUCCCCAUUGCUUUUGGAAAACAUUUAAACUCCUUAUCCUGCUAUUUAAGGCUCUCUGCAAUUCAGCUCCAAUCUGCCUUUCUAGUCUUGUCUGACAUUUUCUGCUUCACAAGCUGUAAGUUUUAGCCAAAUGAGACUUAUUUUCCAUUCCUUGUUCUUCUCUUGCUCUCUUCUAGUGCCAUUUCUUUGCUCAUGCCUUCCUCUUAUCUCUGGGAUGGACUAUUCUCCUUCUCAUCUCUGCCUAUUAAAAUAUUUCCCUUCUUUCAAGACACAACUCAAAUGGUCUUUCUUUGCUGGAUCUCCCUUUCCUCAAAUUUUCUCAAAGCCUUUAGUCUUGCUCUCUCCUUGACCUUAUCACAUUAUACACUGUAUUAUAUUUAUUGGUCUAUAUGUCAGAUAGUCUUGUAAACUUGUAAUGAGAUAUGUUUAUAAAGCAUUUAGCAUACUAUCUAAUAUAUACAGUAGGUCUUAAUAAAUUCUUGUUUUUUUAUGCUUCCCCCCAUUAUAAUGUAAACUCCCUUUAGCUAGGGAUUCCUAUCCUACUGUAUUUAUUGAUCUAUAUGUCUGAUAUUCUUGCAAUCUAGUCAUAAAUUGUAAAUUCCCUGAAAGUAAGGCUUUCUAUCCUAUCCUAUUUGCCUAAAUGCCUGUUAUUCCCUCCCAUAAUUGUAAUUCCUCCCAAUCUGUAUUAGUUUAUAGAAUCCUAGAAGCUAAGGACUGUGUUGUUUUUUCAUUUCUGAAUCCUCAGAGCUUGGCACAUAGUAAGUGUUUAAUAAAUGUUCGUCAAAUUGAAGAUUUAGGAUCUCUCAAGAGGGCAAGAGACAGACAAGCACAUAAAUUAUUCCAUAAUGAUUCACUGUUCCACGUUUCUAGUGAAAUCUAAGAAUACUCAAACUAUUUUUUGGAUAACUGGAGAGGACACGAGAGUGACAAUAAUUCUCAAAGAAGUGACUAAUACUAAAUGCUAAACAAAAAGCAAUCUGAAGCAUAAUUGGACAGAGGGUAAAAAAAAUCAUUCAUAUUGAACCAUUACUUCUUGAAAUCUCAGCCAGUGGCCUCAGUCAGGUUAAUGUUAUACAGUACAUUCAGGACUAACUCCAUGGAGGAAAUUUUCUUUACUCAUCACCUAGUAAUAAAAAUAGGAAAGCCUUUCUGUCUAAGAGCAUAUGAUCCCCAUAGGAGAGUGACAGCAUGAGUAAUGGUCACAUUCUGGACACAGAGACUCAGAAGUCAUUUUAUGUGAGUAAUAAGACCAUAGAUUUAGACUUUCAAAGAACCCUAGACACUAAGUAUUCAAACCUUCUCAUUAUACAAAUGAGAAAACUGAGACCCUUGGAAGUUAAAAUGUGUUUUUCAAGGUCACAGAAGUGGUAAGUGACAGAGGCCAUAUUUGAACCCAGUUUUUCUGACUCCAAAGCCAGUGGUUUUUAUAUUCUACUGAUAUUUCUCCAAGGAAGCAAGAGCUGUCUUGGGAUUCAAUUCUAAUUCUAUGGCCAAUACCAUAGCCAAAACCUGCUGAUAUCCAACCUUUGCCAACUCUCCUGAAGUAAUAAAGCAGCUUGGAGGAUGCCCUUUAGGUAACUUGCUCCCUUGACCAUCAGGACAGAUAAGUGUCACUAAGUACCAGCCAGAUGAACUCUGCACUAACACCAUAGUGGGAAUGAUUCUUCCUUCAUUAUUUUGUAUGGCUAUUGGCCCCAGUGACUCUUAAAUCUCAACUCAGAGUUGUGUCCAAGUUUUUCUCUAGCCCAAGCCUACAUAUGCAGUUCUCUAAGUAUAAAGAUGGGGCAGGUAGGUGGUACAGUGGAUAGUGCUGGAUUUGGACUAAAGAAGACUCAUUUCUCUGAAUUCAAAUCUGGUCUCAGACACUUACUAACUGUAUGACCCUGGGCAAGGCACUUAACCCUGUUUGCCUCAGUUCCUCAUCUGUAAAAUGAGUUGGAGAAGGAAAUAGCAAAGCAUUCUUGUAUAUGUGCUAAGGAAACCCCAAGUAGGGGUCAAAAAGAGUCAGAUACAACUAAAAUGAUUGAACAACAAAAAAGCAUAAAGAUGAAACAAAAGCAGCAAGUGAUAACCCAUUGUUGGCUCAAAUGACUUUAUUAAAUCUAUAAGUAAUCAUGGCCCAUCAAUGGCACAUCAAAAACAAGUGAUCUGAGGACCUCAUAUGUGGAGUGUUUUAUGCCAUUCCUAGAAGAGGAAAACCACCUGCUCAGCUGACUUAGGAGGCUUCCAGAACCCUCAUGUUUAUUAUAGCAGAGGAUCUCCUGAUCUGGGUCAAGGUGAACUAUCCCUAGGCUAUGUUUUGACCUAAUUCUUUUAGAAUCCCUGAAGGGCCAUGACUUUUACUUCUCUGAGUUUCUGAAAAGAAUGCCAGCUGUAAAGAGGAAGAAGAAUAGUGUCAUGCUGGUAAAUGUUUAAUAACUGGCUUUCAAAAAAUGCACACAAAAUAUUCUU